AUGUGGACGAAGAGCGCUAUUUAUUAUAUAACAACGUGCGUAUUAAUCCCUGCAAAUGCUCAUCUACCGGACUAUGCUGUAACUCCAACGAAUAAAGUAGAUCAAUUUUGUCAAUUGGCUGAAACUUGUAUCCACGACACUAUACCUAUAUGCGGCACAAUGGGAGACGAAAAGAGAACAUUCCUAGAUCUGUGCGACUUGCUAGAGUAUGCUUGUGAUACUAAUCAAGUUUACUCACAUGUUGACGAUAUGCCUGGAUGUCCAGUGUCUAAAAACAACCAACACUGAACCGUUGCAAACAAUA